AGAGAGAUGGCGUCUGAGAGCUCAGCACUCAGCUCUGGGGAGGGACAGGCUGAUUCCUAUGAGUUACCACAGCGUCUCUCAGAGAUCAGGAUCAUCCUGCUGGGGGAGAGUGGGUCUGGGAAGAGCUCAGCAGGAAACAACAUCCUGGGUAGAGAGGAGUUUGACACUAAGAGAGUAACUGAGGAGUGUGAGAAGAGACAGGGUGAAGUAGCUGGGAGGCAGGUCACUGUGGUCGACACUCCAGGCUGGGAUGAGUGGCUGAUAGGGAAUGAUCCACAGCAGAUCAGACAGGAGGUUGUGUACAGCGUGUCUCUGUGUCCCCCAGGACCCCACACUCUCCUCCUGGUGAUUGAUCUGGACUCAAACACAGACUGGAGAUCAGUGAAGGAACAUCUGGACACUGAGAGACACAGACAUUGAGCAGCACAUUGAGAGAAGAGGGAAGGAUCUCCAGGGGCUGGUGGAAAAAUGUGGGAACAGGUAUCAUGUUCUCAACAACAAGAACAGGGGUGACCGCACUCAGGUCACAGAGCUGCUGGAGAAGAUAGAGGACAUGGUGGCAGGAAACUAUGGGCAGUACUUCACUACUGACAUUGAACAUCUACACACUGAACUGGACAAAUAUAUCAGAAAAAGGGAGGAGGAGAGACAGAGAGAGAUAGAGGAGCUGAGACAGAGGUUGGAGGAGAGACAGAGAGAGACAGAGGAGCUGAGACAGAAGUAUGAAAGAAGGGAGAGAGAGAGAGAAGAGGAGCUCAGACAGAGGUUUGAGGAGGAGUGGAGCAGGAGAGAAGAGGAGCUGGAGAAAGAGACAGAGGAGCCCAGACUGCCUGUCAAGAGGAGGAACAGUAAAGAUCUUGAACUUCCCGAGAUGAGUGAAGGGGACCCUGCAGUCAAACCCAGACUCCAGCCCCGCCCCUCUGAGCUGAGACUGGUGCUGCUGGGCAGGACUGGUGCUGGGAAGAGCGCAGCAGGAAACACCCUCCUGGGCAGCACACAGUUCCCCUCCCGGCCCAGCCUGUCCGCAGUCACCCAGACCUGCGAGAGACGCAGGGGGGAGGCUGCUGGGAGGCAGCUCUCCGUCAUCGACACGCCAGACCUCCUGGACAGCAGGGGGCGCCAGAGGGACGUGUGUCUGGAGGUCCGGAGGUGCCUACUGCUGUCCUCCCCAGGACCCCACGCUUUCCUGCUGGUGCUGCCGGCCAGACGCUUGACGGACGAGGAGAAGGGCGCCCUGCUGACCAUGACCGAGGUGUUUGGGGAGGCUGUCCUGAAUUGCACUGUCGUCCUCUUCACCCAUGGGGACAGUCUGGGACAGGAGACAGUGGAGCAGUACAUUGACACACAGGGGAGAGACCUGCAGCAGCUCUUAGAGAGCUGUGGGAACAGGUAUCAUGUUCUCAACAAUAUGGAUACGGGCGACCGCACUCAGGUCACACAGCUGCUGGACAAGAUCGAGGACAUGGUGGCAGGAAACAGUCUGGGCUUCUUUCAAGACCGCGGGGAGGCCCAGCAGAGGUGUGAAGCAGAGCUGUGGAGGAAGGUGGACGAGAUCAAGCAGCUGUAUGAAGAGAGACUGCAGGGGAGAAUUCAGGAGCUGGAGCAGCAGCAGCAGAGGGAGAUGGAGGAGAAGAGGAAGGAGCAGGAGGAGGAGCAGAGGAAGAGAGAGGAGGGGCUGAGGAGGCAGCUGGAGGAGGAUCGCAGGCAGAGGGAGCAGGAGCUGGAGCUGAGGAGGGCUGAGGAGCUCAGGAGAGUGGAGGAGCUGGAGCAGAGAUACGCACAGGAGGAGCAGAGCAGACUGGCAGAGCUCAGACUCCACGAGGAGAGGAUGAGAGAGCAGGGCAGGCAGGAGCUGCAGAGGCAGACGGAGGAGCUGAAACUGAGGCAGCAGCAGAGGGAGGCAGAGCUGAGGCAGGAACUGGAGGAUGAGCAGAGGAGGAGGGCGGAGGUGCUGAGGCAGCAGUUGGAGAGGGAGCACUGUCAGAGAGAGCAGGAGCUGGAGGAGAGAUACAGGGAGCAGCAGCGAGAGGCGCAGGAGGAGAGGAGCAGGACGGAGGAGCUGAGGAGGCAGUGGGAGGAAGGGCUGAGAGAGGAGUACGACAGGAGGCUGCAGAGAAAGGAGGCGGAGAUCCAGGAGAGGUGGGAAGGGGAGCUGCAGAGGAGAGUGAAGGAGCUGCAGGAGUCCUCCCAGCCUCAGAGCCUGGAGCCAGGUCAGAGGAGAAGCCCAGGAGAAACUCCCAGUCCAGAGAUCCCAGCAGCUCCUCGUCUGUCAAAGCUGAGCAUUGUGCUUCUGGGGUGUGAAAAGGCUGGGAAGAGCUCAGCAGGAAACACCAUCCUGGGCAGAGAGGAGUUUGACACUGAGGGAGUAACUGAGGAAUGUGAGAGGAGACAGGGACCCCACGCUCUCCUCCUGGUGAUUCCUCUCAUCACACUCACAGAGAAACAGAGGAGAGUAGAGAAGGAACAUCUGCAGCUCCUCAGUAAGACAGUGUGGAGACACACAAUAGUGCUGUUCACCUUGGGGGAUGAGCUGAGAGACACAACCAUUGAGCAGCACAUUGAGAGAGGAGGAAAGAAGCUCCAGUGUCUGAUGGAGAAGUGUGGGAACAGGUAUCAUGUUCUCAACAUUAAGAACAGGGGCGACCGCACUCAGGUCACAGAGCUGCUGGAGAAGAUAGAGGACAUGGUGACAGGAAUGAGUGUCUUUCCAUACAUGAAGAACAGAAAACUUCUGCAGAAGAUACAGAAGAGAAAGAUGGCCAAGAAAGAAAGGAGGAAAGAGGAGGAUGUAGAAGAUGAGGAAGAGAGAGGAGCUGGAAGAAUGCCUUCUCAUGUCGCGGUGACUGCAAAAUUCGGGGAUUCGGUCACUCUGCCCUGCAACGGAGAACCCUACAACCUUGGGAUCCCCAAACGCAAACUCCACGUUUUCUGGAAAACCCUUGAUUACCGCAUCUAUGAGUUCAUGGGCGGGAAGGGCUAUCCUGACAACGGGUUCGAGAACAGAGCUGAGAUGUCCCGAGAGAAGAUCAGCCGCGGGGAUUUAUCUCUGACCGUCUACCACAUCACCUUCUCUGAUGGCCAGAUCUACCUCACUCAGAAGUCCACAGCCUACAGCCUGGAGCCUCUCUGUCUCUCCCUCUCCACACUGCUGGUCCUGUGGAGAAAGCCAGUGGAGGUGCUGUUUGACCCUGCAGGAACUGGAGACUCGACGUCAGUGUGUUCUGUCCAGAACAACACAGCCAGCUGUGUCCCCCAGUACAGAGACAGAAUGUCAGUGGAGAAUCAGGAGCUGAGAAUGCAGGACCUGAGGAAAUCCGAUCAGGGGAACUACACAGUGUUGCUCUCACACAUUCAGAAGGCUGUCAGCGUUGUGUCUCUCAUUGUGGGAGUAAAUGCACAAAACCCCUACACCGUAAAUCUGAGAACGAUGAUGUGCUCUGUCAUGGAGCCUCACCUGUACACUGUGAAGAACUUCCCUCGCAGAGCUGAGAUCGUGCAGUGGGCCUACCACACCGAGGAGGAAAGGCACAGAGGUAUUGAACUGAACUGGCAGAAAUCCUGA